CUCCCGAGCGAGAAGCCUAACCGCUUCUGCACGUGCACGGCUCACGAGCGAGAAGCCUAACCGCUUUUGCACGUGCACGGCUCCCGAGCGAGAAGCCUAACCGCUUCUGCACGUGCACGGCUCCCGAGCAAGGAACCUAACAUUCUCUGCAAGUGCAUGUCUCUGGUCUUCAGGACUCAUCUGCUCAGGACUCGGCACCUAGGAAGCUAGUGAAGCAGCUAAGGACCAGGGCCAUGGAUGCAAGCGAGGAGGCCACGGGAACCCCAGCUGGCCCCACAGUACCCCAGGGGCUGCUGGAGGAAAUGAUUUGGUUUUUCCGUGUAGAAGAUGCGGCUGCUUGGAAUUACUCCAUCCUUGCGCUGACAGCCGUGGUGGUCGCCUUCAGCUUGUUCCUCCUGGUCAGGAAUGUCCAGGCCAACAGAAACCAAAAGCUGCAGCCACAAGAAAAAGAAACACCUGCGCUCCUUCAUCUAAAGGAGGCCAGAACCAGUGGCAACAACAACAGCCUGAACAACCUAGGAGAGAUACUGCUCACAGAAAAGCCAGCCCUGGUCCCGCUGUGGACUGAAUUAAAGGAGCAAGAAACCGAGAGCUAGAGCAGGCGCGGCCCACACCACACUGCCGGAGACGGGGCUCCCCACAGCCAGACGUCGGGGCUUCCUCCCCCAGCAGCCUGCUUUUAUCAGCAGAUACAAUGAACUGCAGUCAAACAGUGCUCCUGAUAGUUAAAAAAAAUCUUUUAUUAAAAAUGCUUCUGGUAGUGGGCAGUGGGAAGUGCA